UGACCAGGCAAAGCACAUAGAAUCACAUAUUUAUUAAAUCUUUAUUUAUAUUUUUUCUUUACAAUACAAGUAUUAUAAAACCAUUUAAUAUAUUUCCUGUUAAACAUGUCAGAGAAACAAUAAAAACAGGCAGUCAGUCGACAUGUGAUGGGUGAAUGCAGUUGGCAGAGAGUGUUUCAUUGAGUGUCAAUCAGGUGUCAAUUAGUUUGGUCUCCCUGCCAUCCAGGCUGUGUAGCCGAGCACAGAGAAACAAUUUUACCCGAGGAGUUUCUGUUGACGUGUUAACAGUGACUGUUACCAGCUUGUGUGGAAAUCUCCAGAUAUUCAUGACUAAAAGUUAGCAGAGUAGUGCUCUUUAAAGCGAGAAGUCAUGCUGGACUUUGCCAUCUUUGCUGUCACAUUUGUCAUCAUUUUGGUCGGCGCUGUUCUGUAUUUGUACCCGUCAUCUAGAAGGGCCUCUGGCAUCCCAGGUCUCAAUCCUACAGAUGAGAAAGAUGGAAACCUGCAGGACAUUGUGAACAAAGGCAGUCUGCAUGAGUUCCUUGUCAGUCUGCAUCAGGAGUUUGGGUCUGUGGCGUCAUUCUGGUUUGGGAGUCGGCCGGUGGUUAGCCUGGGCUCUGUGCACCAGCUGCAGCAACACAUCAACCCCAACCACACCACUGACUCCUUUGAGACGAUGCUGAAGUCGUUGCUAGGUUACCAGUCAGGAAUGGGAGGUGGGGCCACUGAAACUGUAAUAAGGAAAAAGGUGUAUGAGAGUGCCAUCAACAACACACUGAAGAACAACUUCCCUCUUGUGCUCAAGCUGGUGGAGGAGCUGAUGGGAAAGUGGAAGUCAUUCCCGGAGGAUCAACACACCCCUCUGUGUGCCCACCUGCUGGGUCUGGCCAUGAAGUCUGUCACCCAGCUUGCUCUGGGCGAGCGCUAUAAAGACGAUACUGAGGUCCUUUCCUUCCGCAAGAACCACGACGCGAUCUGGUCAGAAAUCGGGAAAGGCUACCUGGACGGCUCCCUGGAGAAGAGCUCCAGCAGGAAAGCACAUUAUGAGAAAGCUCUGUCAGAGAUGGAGGCUGUGCUGCUGUCAGUGGCUAAGGAGAGAAAAGCCCAGAAGAAGCAGACUGUGUUUGUGGACGCUCUGCUUCAGUCCAGCCUCACAGAACGACAGAUCAUGGAGGACUGCAUGGUUUUCACUUUGGCUGGAUGCGUCAUCACUGCCAACUUGUGUAUAUGGGCCCUUCGCUUCCUGUCCACUUCAGAGGAAGUUCAGGACAAACUGUACCAGGAGCUGGAUGAGGUUUUGGGUUCAGAUCCAGUUACCUUGGACAAGAUCCCUCAGCUCAGAUACUGCCAGCAGGUGCUCAACGAGACGGUGAGGACUGCCAAGCUGACCCCCGUUGCUGCCCAGCUUCAGCAAGUGGAGGGCAAAGUCGAUCAACACGUCAUUCCUAAAGAGACUUUGGUCAUCUAUGCAUUGGGAGUGGUGCUGCAGGAUUGUGACACCUGGAGCGCCCCAUACAGGUUUGACCCAGAUCGAUUUGAGGAGGAAUCAGUCAGGAAAAGCUUCUGUCUGCUUGGAUUUUCAGGAAAUCAAACAUGCCCAGAGCUCAGGUUCGCCUACCCUGUAGCUACUGUCUUGCUCAGCACGGUGGUGCGGCAGCUGAAGCUUCACCAGUUGAAGGGACAGGUCGUGGAGGUCAGAUCUGAGCUGGUAUCCACACCUAAGGACGAGACCUGGAUCACCGUCAGCAGACGAAGCUAGAACUAGUUUUUAAAACCCUUGUUUUUAAUUUAACAUCUUGAUUAAAGGAAUUACCAGCAAAGUAUUUCUUGAAUUUAGAGGAUUCAGUCUGCCAGAGAAACCCAUGCCUUAUGUUAUAUUUUUGUUGUAAAGAGCUUUUUCCCAACUUUUUAUGUAUAGUCAUUGUGUUUUUACAUCCAAGUUGCACCACCACAUGUUCCCAUGGUUGUAUUUCUGUUUUUUUUUUUUACUGUAAAGUAAUCUGAGGCCUUAAGCACAUUAUUACCUUGUCAGGUCAGAUUUGCACUUGUUGAAAGACUCCAUCUGUUAGAGUAGAGAAACUCUGUGGUUUAAUACUCUGCGAUGUAGAUGUCAUUUACAUUUAGGGCAUUUAGCAGAUCCUUUUGUCCAAAGCAACUUAUAAUAAGUACGUUUGUCACAAGAAAGAUCAAAACAACUUGUGUGCCAAAGUUUUUUCUUUAAUUCUGCCUUGAGUCAAAAUUCCCAAUGGCAUGUGGCUUGUUUGUCUAAAUAGCUCACAUGACAUUUAGACAUGUCAUUAAUUUUUUUUCAACACAGUUGCAUCUUACACAUCAUUACAUCAAAUACAUGAGGAUUUUGUGUGUGUUUGUGUCAUUCAUUUAUAUUUUGAAUUGUGUAUCACUUCUUUCCUAACGAGCACAUUUCCUACAUCAAAUAAAUAUUUUUCAAUUUGGUAUCA